AUGAGUAAGCGGUUGUUUCUACGCAUAGUCAACGACUUGGAAGCCAACUACGAUUAUUUUAAACAAAAACGGGAUGCGAGAGGGGCACUUGGAUUUACCGGUAUCCAAAAGUGUACGUCGGCAUUACGAAUCAUUGCUUAUGGUAACACUACCGACAUCAACGACGAGUAUCUAAAAAUGGCGGAGAAAACAACACGAGAUAGCUUGGAACAUUUUUGUCGCGGUAUAAUUGAUGUGUACGGUGCGCGUUAUCUUAGAACGCCUACAUGGGAGGACCUUCAAAAGAUCUACGAGGUACAUAAUGCCGAGCAUGGUUUGCCUGGUAUGAUCGGGAGCAUAGAUUGCAUGCAUUGGCGUUGGGAUAACUGCCCGACUGCAUGGCGAGGCCAACACACACGUGGUGACCAAAAAGGACCCACUAUUAUUCUUCAGGCGGUUGCUUCACAGGACCUUUGGGUUUGGUCGGCUUACUUUGGCGUGGUCGGGUCAUGCAAUGAUAUCAAUGUUUUUGAACAAUCGCCGUUGUUAGAGGAGUGGAUUUCUGGCAAAGCUCCAAAAGCGUCGUUUUACUAUCCAAAUCUUAUAGCAUCUGUCGAACACACCAUCAAAUGCUUAUGUUCAACUCAGCCUCCUUCCAAUCCGAAUCACUGUUUCUUCUCAUCAGGAACGAUAGACAACGCAUCUGUUAAUGGAACUGGAAUUCAAAGAAGUUCAGAGUUAUUGUACCAUAAUGACAAUGAUGGGAAUGUAUGGUUAGGGCUCAUUCGGUUUUGA